UGAAAGUGGACACACUCAUUUUUGUCAGUGAUGAUGCAACCGUUUCCAGGAAAACAUCCGACACAUUCACAAAGCUGAUGCGGUGCUUGCUGAUAACCGCUUGUGCACGUUGUACUUUGACCACUGCAGGUUUGGCUGUGAGUCGACGAGGAUCGCGCUUCACUGUCCGGCAGCUGCACAUCUGGACUACACUCUGCCUUCGGAGGACCUCCGCUGCCACCAUGUCAACAUCUGUGCAGAUAGAGCCAUUCACGGAGAGAGGGGACGGAGGAGUAGGCCGCUGCAAGUGCUCGUUCUGGUUUGCGGUGGCCCACGACGUCGUCGGCGUCUUCAUCAUGAUGUUGGGGAUGUUCGGAGGGCUCGUCAUCCACGACUUGUUCAUCUACGCGGGGGCGAUCAUCAUCUUCCUCAGCCUGAUCUGGUGGGUGUUCUGGUACUCCGGGAACAUCGAUGUGCCGCCUGAGGAGCUGGAGGACGAUGUGGGCCUGAUCAAGCUGAAGAACCGUGGGCUCAGCCGGGUGGUGAGGCGCGUGUCCGACAGCUUCACCAGCAGGAUCAGGAGCUCUUUCAGGAAGAGCGGCAGGUCCAUCAGAGGAGACCCAACAGGCAACAGCAGGCCUUCAAACACAGAGGUGUCGCUCUCCACCAUCUAUGACUCGACCAUCACCUCCUCUUCUAAAGAACUCGUGAGAGAGACACUGUCAAUAUGAACUAAAGCUUUUUAACGGACUGGAACGGACACACUGAACUUGGAUCUUUAUGUUUGUUUUCCUUUGCUCAUCAGUUUAUCCUGUUGAAAGGGAUUUUGUGUUUGCACCGGUAACAUGCACACUUGUAAUGAUUAGACAACGCUGUCUAGAUAACGUCCACAUGCUUUUAUCAGCUGAUAAGAUGUAAACUUUGCACACAAUUACAGUGUUGCAAAAAAGAAUUGAUUUAGAAACCACAGCAUUCUCAUCAGUCAUGUUUGGUUGAUUCACAGAUAUUGCAGAGUAGGGAUGUGAUGAAAUAAACGCUAUGAUAAGGGACUUAUUAUGAUGAGGCUGAUUGUGUGACCAGAAUAUUUAUAGCUGCCUUUUUUUAGUUUUUUGGACAAGGACACCAUUUGAAAUAAACCAAAUGCUUCCAGAAGGAUAAGUCAUGCAGUCCUUACUUAUUUAUUUUUAUAUCUCAUGGUAAAUUGAAGCUAUAAUCUCACCCGUCUCUACAGUACGUGUCGAUUGCCAUCUCUCUCCAUCUGCACUGAAAAGUCCCUGAAGGUUUCAAGUCUGACAAGCUGAUUGUGUGUUUUCAAUGCAGUUGAAUAUUGGACAGUGAGCGGCUGGUAUUUGUUAUUCAUAAAUAAUGUUGCGGUUUUGGGCUGUGGCUUCCUUACGAAGACAUUUAUGACUAACCAUCAAUAAAUCUGUAAAUGGUCUGAUUAUUUCAGUUUUCCCCUCUUUUAUAUUUAUUUAUUUAACUGUCUCACAGCCAUCUUCAGCUUCCUGGAGUAUAAUCUCUUCAUGUACAAAAUAUGCUGAACUUUAAUAAAUGUAU